AUGAUAGAAUUGAAAUCGAUUGAGAAUCGCAAUUCAGAUGAGAGGAACAUGGCGGCGUUCACGUCCCUAAUAUCAAAGUAGGUGUAAUUGUACGUGAAACUAGAACGUGAAGUGGCAUUAUCGAGUUUUUAUUAGGAAUGAACAAAAACUUGUUAGCGAACCUGGGUCUGUUACGUUUUAUACGUUGAACAAGAAUUCUGGCAAAAUUGUACGUUAUUCGUGGUAAGUCUCGACAAGUUUCAAGGUUGGAAUCAAUGGAAAUAUUUUUGCCUGAAGUAGUUUGAAAAAUCUCAAUAAAUAAUAUUUUUUCAUGUGAACAAUAUCUUAAUAAUUCUAUAUAGAACUGCAUAUAUUAAUACAAACAUUAGAUUUUGUUAAAAAAAAAAGAUAUUGAUCAGUUGUUUAUUUCUAUAGCCAAAAGAUGGUAAAGCUAUAUGCGUUGUCGGUUUUGUAUAAAAAUCCAACGUCAGCGACAACGUUGAAAGCUGCCUACGAUGUGGAGUCAUUCUCGUUUUUCCAAAGGGGAAGCGUCAAAGAGUUUAUGACGUUCAUAAGCAAGACCAUUGUGGAACGAACUCAAAGCUGUUUCAGGCAGAGCGUGAAGGAAGGAGAUUAUAUGUGUCACGUAUUUGUACGAGCAGACAAUUUGGCCUCAGUGCUUAUAUCAGAUCAUGAAUAUCCUAGAAGAGUGGCGCACACGUUAAUUACAAAAGUUAUGGAUGAAUUUGCAGCUAAGUAUCCUCAGUCUAUGUGGGAAACAUUGAGCGAAGCCAUGACUGAUUUUGCACAGAUCAACAUGUACUUGGCAAAGUAUCAGAAUCCCAAUGAAGCAGACGCUCUUACUAAAAUGCAAAAUGACUUGGACGAGACAAAAAUUAUUUUAGUAAGUAUAAAUGUUUUGGAAGCCAUGCACAAUACACUGGAAGCUGUUCUUAAAAGAGGUGAGAAUUUGGAUGAAUUGGUCUCCAAAUCGCAAGGUCUGAGUGCUCAGUCGAAAGCGUUUUACAAAACUGCGCAGUAGUUUCUGGAGUUGCUUCCAAAUAUAUGACUAAAUGUGGCGCCAGCAACUGUUUUGUUGCUUCGUUUCUGAGCUCUUCAAAUAUUUUCAGGCUAUUUUCUUGUAUAUACCCAAAAUUAUACAUGGCAUGUAUAAAACCGAAAUCUGUAAAAAUGGAUCGAUUGAGAAUUACACCUUGUCCAGUUGACAAUAUAUGA